UUGCAUCCAAAGUUCAACUCUACAUAGAACAUACAGAGCCACUUGUCAUCAGGAAGGUGCUCUCUCAGCAGAACGGAUAAUAUCUCAAUGACUUGACAUGUUCUGGUUGUGAAUUCAGGCUACAAGGGUCAGUGCUCUGAAAUGAGUCUCUCUGGGGAGAAAGAGGAGGGGGUUCCUGUCUCUAAAAUGAGUCUCUCUGGGGAACAUGACACCAAAGCUAAGAGACCAAUCCAGCAGGAGAGACCAGCCUCCCCUGUUCCCAGCUGUGUGUCCAUGAAGAGUCACCAGUCUAUGGAGAUACCUAUAGUGUUCAGAGAGGGAGACUUUUCUACUGAACAAAGAAACCAACAGGAGAGAUCAGAGUCAGAGAUUCUCAGUGGUCAGUCUUCCCAGAGUCAUCAAACAGACCUGGCCUCCAUAUUCAGUUUGCUUGAAGAAAAUAUUAUCACAUUUGUGAAGAACGAGCUGAAGACGUUCAAGAGGAUUCUGAGUCCAGAACUCCCACAAGGCUUUGAGAGUCAGAAGCAGGAAGUGGUGGAUGCUGAAGAUGAGAAGCAGGAGAGUAGUGCCAGAGAGGGGGCUCUGAAGAUCACACUGCACGUCCUGAGGAAAAUGAACCAGAAGGAGCUUGCUGACACACUGGAGAAAAAUUCAGAUGAGCUCGCUGUGAUUUGCCAACAUGAACUCAAAUCUAAUCUAAAGAAGAAGUUUCAAUGUGUAUUUGAGGGGAUCGCUAAACAAGGAAACCCAACACUUCUCAAUAAGAUCUACACAGAGCUCUACAUCACAGAGGGUGGAACAGGAGAGGUCAAUAAUGAACAUGAGCUGAGACAGAUUGAGACAACAACCAGGAAACAAGCAAGACCAGAGACUGCAAUCAAAUGUAAUGACAUCUUCAAACCCUUAACUGGACAAGACAAACCUAUCAGAACUGUGCUGACAAAGGGAAUCGCUGGCAUUGGAAAAACAGUCUCUGUGCAGAAGUUCAUUCUGGACUGGGCUGAAGGAAAAGCAAAUCAGGAUGUCCAAUUUGUAUUUUCAUUCCCUUUUCGGGAGCUGAAUUUGAUGAAAGAGGACAAACACACUUUGAUUGAACUUCUCAACCACUUCUCAAUGGAAACCAAAGAAUCAAGAAUCUCCAACUACGACAAGAACAAAGUUCUGUUCAUCUUUGAUGGUCUGGAUGAGUGCCGACUGCCCCUAGACUUCCAGAACAACAAGAUCUGUUGUGACGUCACAGAGUCAACCUCAGUGGAUGUUCUGCUGACAAAUCUCAUCAAGGGAAAUCUGCUUCCCUCUGCUCUCCUCUGGAUAACCUCCCGACCUGCAGCAGCCAAUAAGAUCCCUUCAGGGUGUGUUGACCAGGUGACAGAGGUACGAGGGUUCAAUGACCCACAGAAGGAGGAGUACUUCAGGAAGAGAUUCAGUGAUGAGGACCUGGCCAGCAGAAUCAUCUCACACAUAAAGACAUCAAGGAGCCUCCACAUCAUGUGCCACAUUCCAGUCUUCUGUUGGAUUUCUGCAACAGUCCUUGAACACAUUCUGAAACAUAAGAGAGAAGAGAUGCCCAAGACUCUGACUGAGAUGUACACACACCUUGUGGAGUUUCAUAUCAAACAGAAGAAUGAAAAGUAUCUUGGGGAAGAAGAGACAGGUCCACACUGGAAUAAAGAGAGCAUUCUGUCACUGGGAAAACUAGCUUUUCAACAGCUUGUGAAUGGCAAUCUGAUUUUCUAUGAAGAAGACCUUAAAAAGGCUGGCAUUGAUGUCAAUGAAGCCUCAGUGUACUCAGGAUUGUGCACACAGAUCUUUAAAGAGGAAUGUGGGCUGUACCAGGACAAGGUGUACUGCUUCGUGCAUCUGAGCAUUCAGGAGUUUCUGGCUGCUGUAUAUGUGUUCCUCUCAUUCAUCAACAACAAUGAAAAUCUAAUGGCCGAACCUCAAUCAACGUUCAGGAACUUUUCAUUGCUGUUCAGAGACAAGCCAGAAGUUACUGUCUACAAGAGCGCUGUGGAUGAAGCCUUACAAAGUGAGACGGGAAACCUGGACCUUUUCCUCCGCUUCCUUCUGGGCCUCUCACUGGAGUCCAAUCAGAAGCACUUACGAGGUCUACUGACAAAGACAAGAAGCAGCUCACAGAGCCAUGAAGAAACAGUCAAGUACAUCAAGGAGAAGAUCAGGGACAGUCCAUCUACAGAGAGGUGCAUCAAUCUGUUCCACUGUCUGAAUGAACUGAAUGACCAUUCUCUAGUGGAGGAGAUCCAAAGAUACCUGAGAUCAGGAAGUGUCUCCAGUAAUGAACUCUCACCUGCACAGUGGUCAGCUCUGGUCUUUGUGUUGCUGACUUCAGAAAAGGAGCUGGAUGUGUUUGACCUGAAGAAAUACUCCAGAUCAGAGGAAGGUCUUCUGAGGCUGCUGCCAGUGGUCAAAGCCUCCAGAGCUGCUCUGCUGUCAGGCUGUCUAGUCACAGAGGAAGGCUGUGUUUCUCUGGUCUCAGCUCUGAGGUCAAACCCCUCACACCUGAGAGAGCUGGAUCUUAGUAACAAUGACCUGAAGGAUUCAGGAGUGAAGCUGCUCUCUGAUGGACUGGGGAAUCCCCACUGUAAACUGGAGACUCUGAGGCUGUCAGGCUGUCUAGUCACAGAGGAAGGCUGUGCUUCCCUGGUCUCAGCUCUGAGGUCAAACCCCUCACACCUGAGAGAGCUGGACCUGAGCUACAAUCACCCAGGAGACUCAGGAGUCAGACUGCUCUCUGCUGGACUGGAGGAUCCACACUGCAGACUGGAGAAACUCAAUGUGGAACAUGGUGGAGAGUACACAAUGAAACCUGGGCUUAGAAAAUAUGUCUGUGAUCUCACACUGGACCCAAACACAGUAAACAGACUCCUCUCUCUGUCUGACGAGAACAGAAAGGUGACACGUGGGAGAGAGGAUCAGCCGUAUCCUAAUCACCCAGAGAGAUUUGGCUACAGGAAGCAGGUGCUCUGUAGAGAGGGUCUGACUGGGCGCUGUUACUGGGAGGUAGAGUGGAGUGGGAGAAGGGCUGUUAUAGGAGUGACAUAUAAAGGAAUCAGCAGGAAAGGAGAGGGUGAGGACAGUCUGAUUGGAUGGAAUGACAAUUCCUGGAGUCUGGUCUGCUCUGACAACCUUUAUACAGCCUGGCACAAUAAUAAUACCACUCUCAUAGCCAUCCCCCCCUCCAGCUCCCACAGAGUAGGAGUGUAUCUGGACUGGCCAGCCGGCACUCUGUCCUUCUACAGAGUCUCCUCUGACACACUGACCCACCUGUACACAUAUCACACCACAUUCACUGAGCCCCUCUAUCCAGGGUUUCUGGUUUAUGACUCCUCAGUGUCCCUGUGUCACGAGGUCCCUGUGUCAAACACAACUUGGACCUGCUGACGUCAUCUGAGCGCGACUUAUGUUUGUUGUUGGGAGCUGAAAGCUGAACGAGAGGUUUGUUGUUUUUGUAAAGCUGACCGUGUUUUGACAUACUUUAAUUUUAUGAUGGAUCUUGCAGCACUGUUGGGCUUAGUUGCUGUGAGUGCUGCUGUCUGUCCCGGGUAUUGUAAUGUUUUUAAAAUUGUAUAAACUGCCUUAAUUUUGCUGGACCCAGGAAGAAGAGAUGCUGCCUUGGCAGCUAAUGGGGAUCCACAAUAAAUACAAACACAGAAUAAAAAUACAACAUGGCGUUUCCCUUUAAUCAUGGUUCAGUAUGACAUCAUGGUUCAGUAUGACAUCAUGGUUCAGUACGACAUCAUGGUUCAGUAUGACAUCAUGGUUCAGUACGACAUCGUGGUUCAGUAUGACAUCAUGGUUCAGUAUGACAUCAUGGUUCAGUAUGACAUCAUGGUUCAGUACGACAUCGGGGUUCAGUACGACAUCAUGGUUCAGUACAACAUCACGGUUCAGUAUGACAUCAUGGUUCAGUACGACAUCGUGGUUCAGUAUGACAUUGUGGUUCAGUAUGACAUCGUGGUUCAGUAUGACAUCAUGGUUCAGUACGACAUCAUGGUUCAGUAUGACAUCAUGGUUCAGUACGACAUCGUGGUUCAGUAUGACAUCAUGAUUCAGUACGACAUCAUGGUUCAGUACGACACUCUUAGAAUAGCUCUCUAGUGUGUAAACAUAUGAUUGUAAAUAUUCAUGAAUAAACACCAUUUAAGUUGACAGACAUUGUCAACUAGAGUCAGUCAUUAAUAUAAUUAAUCACCACACUGUGUUGUAAAACAGUUUUCAUUUAGAAAUCAUUGAUCUUGUUGUUAUUGGGCUUCUUGGUGUUUGUAAAUAUUGUUGUCUGUAGACUGUUAAUUUGUCAAAUUCUUUACACAACAAUCAUGUUUCUGUUUAAACUCAAUUCCACUGAAUGAAAUGUACAUGUGACUAAUUAAGUUAAUCAACCAGAUGAAAUGUUUUAAUACUGAUCACAAUAUGACAUUACAGUAAUAGAUGGAAGAAGAGAGGUGUAAAUGUUUUAAUACUGAUCACAAUAUGACAUUACAGUAAUAGAUGGAAGAAGAGAGGUGGAAAUGUUUUAAUACUGAUCAGAAUAUGACAGGACAGUAAUAGAUGGAAGAAGAGAGGUGGAAAUGUUUUAAUACUGAUCACAAUAUGACAGUAAAUGGAGGACAGUAAUAGGGGUUGUGUUCAGUACAUAGAAAUGGGUCUUAUUCAGUUGAA